UGCGCAGGGGGUGAAACUGAAAAAAUUUUUUUUGUUGGCUUUUGUUUACCUGGCGUGUGUGGUAACCAACUCGCUCCCUCUCUCUGCUUGCUAUCCCUGACCUUUCUUUCUUUUUGCUCCUUUAAAAAAAAUAUUAAUUUCCCCCUUCUGUGCAGUGGAGCAUGGGUGGGGGGGAGGAGGGGGAAGGGUUUGAGAAUCCACCCAAGCCCGGCCCCUAUUCCCCAGAACACCAAUAAUAACCCCCUUUAAAACAUUUACCUUCCUCCCCUGCUCCUCCCCCUCCCCCUUCCCCCCACCCGCCCCCAACUCACAACUCUGUUGAGUCCAGAAGCUCAGAAUCGGGCGUUGGGCUUUGCCGGGUGCUUCAGAUCAAUGGAUGAGUUCCACCCGUUCAUCGAGGCGCUGCUGCCUCACGUCCGCGCCUUCUCCUACACCUGGUUCAACCUGCAGGCGCGGAAGCGCAAGUACUUCAAGAAGCACGAGAAGCGGAUGUCGAAGGACGAGGAGCGGGCGGUGAAGGACGAGCUGCUGGGCGAGAAGCCCGAGAUCAAGCAGAAGUGGGCAUCCCGGCUGCUGGCCAAGCUGCGCAAAGACAUCCGGCCCGAGUUCCGAGAGGACUUUGUGCUGACCAUCACGGGCAAGAAGCCCCCCUGCUGUGUGCUCUCCAACCCCGACCAGAAGGGCAAGAUCCGGCGGAUUGACUGCCUUCGCCAGGCCGACAAGGUGUGGCGGCUGGACCUGGUCAUGGUGAUUUUGUUUAAGGGGAUCCCCCUGGAAAGUACUGACGGGGAGCGGCUCUACAAGUCGCCCCAGUGCUCGAACCCCGGCCUGUGCGUGCAGCCACAUCACAUUGGAGUCACAAUCAAAGAACUGGAUCUUUAUCUGGCUUACUUUGUCCACACUCCGGAAUCCGGACAAUCAGAUAGUUCAAACCAGCAAGGAGAUGCGGACAUCAAACCACUGCCCAACGGGCACUUAAGUUUCCAGGACUGUUUUGUGACUUCCGGGGUCUGGAAUGUGACGGAGCUGGUGAGAGUAUCACAGACUCCUGUUGCGACAGCAUCAGGGCCCAACUUCUCGCUGGCAGACCUGGAGAGUCCCAGCUACUACAAUAUAAACCAGGUGACCCUGGGGCGGCGGUCCAUCACCUCCCCUCCUUCCACCAGCACCACCAAGCGCCCCAAGUCCAUCGAUGACAGCGAGAUGGAGAGCCCUGUCGACGACGUCUUCUAUCCUGGCACAGGCCGCUCCCCAGCAGCUGGCAGCAGCCAGUCCAGCGGGUGGCCCAACGAUGUGGAUGCAGGCCCGGCUUCUCUAAAGAAGUCAGGAAAGCUGGACUUCUGCAGUGCCCUCUCCUCUCAGGGCAGCUCCCCGCGCAUGGCUUUCACUCACCACCCGCUGCCUGUGCUUGCUGGAGUCAGACCAGGGAGCCCACGGGCCACAGCGUCAGCGCUGCACUUCCCCUCCACAUCCAUCAUCCAGCAGUCGAGCCCAUACUUCACGCACCCGACCAUCCGCUACCACCACCACCAUGGGCAGGACUCGCUGAAGGAGUUUGUGCAGUUUGUGUGCUCGGAUGGCUCGGGCCAGGCCACCGGACAGCCCAACGGUAGCGGCCAGGGCAAAGUCCCGGGGUCAUUUUUGCUACCACCGCCGCCUCCAGUGGCCAGACCUGUGCCCCUUCCUAUGCCUGAUUCCAAAUCCACCAGCACUGCCCCAGACGGCGCCGCCUUGACUCCUCCAUCACCUUCAUUCGCAACGACAGGCGCCGCCUCUGCCAACCGGUUUGUCAGCAUCGGACCCCGGGACGGCAACUUUCUGAACAUCCCACAGCAGUCUCAGUCCUGGUUCCUCUGAUAAGAUCGACAAAAGAAAUGGCAAAACGAAAAGAAGAGGUUCCUCAAAAGGGGGGAGAAGAAAUUUUGAGACGUGGAAAAAUCCCCCAGCCCAGCCCAGCCCAGCCCCACCGAAAAGCAAAAAUUAGACGUCGUCAGCCACUCAGCCCUUCUCUCCUCCAGCCCGGGGACCCCUGCAGGCCCCCAGAAGCAGCUCAGUUCUCGGAGAGCCUCAGAAGAGGUCUCGGUGGAGCUGUGCACCAGCAGCCAAGCAGAAAGAAACAUGCAAAACGGACUCUGUCAAGUAGAGGACAGAAAGAAAGGAUGCAGAACUGCCUUCCUCCCCCCACAUCCCGUCCCGGCCUUCUGGGGAAGGAGCAAAAUCCCCAAACAAAGCAACCAGCACAAUUCUGAAGGGGCCUGUCCCCCACCCUCACCCUUCCUAGGGGAACCCCACCCUCGACUAGGGCCGGAGCUUCACUAGGGAGCUCAGAGGACCAGCUUGUAAAGAUGAUGGGGUGCAGAUCCAGAGGGCUCUCCCCUCCAGACUCCACCCCCUCCCUCCCUCACUGCCUUUGCCUCUGGCUUCUUCCCCCAGCUGCUCUGGACUGGGUGAGGCAGGGUAGCCUCGAUGUCCCUCUGCCCCACCCUCGGGCUAGAAGCCCCCCGACCCCGGCUGGGCAGGGGGCAUCUCCCGGAGCUAGUUUUGUGCUCCCAGAAUGGAGGGUGUUCUACCACCCGACCCUGAGCUGCAGGGGCAGUUCCCCGGGCCCCAAACCCCUCUGUACAGUCCAUAGGAAAAGGUCGGAAUGCUCUAGACAGCCCAUCCCAGCCUGGGACAGGUCCCCUCUUCCCUCUCUCCCAAGGCAGGCCAGGAAGGUCACCGUCCUGACAUGCUACAAGUGAGGGGAGGUGGGCCCCAGGUUGCCCCCACACCCCAGCCCCGCAUGCAGGUGCCCUCGCUCCGCCCCAUUGGUCCCUGCCCCUGCCCCUACGCAGACAGCCCUGCUGUGGCCGGGCCGGAGAGUGGAGCAGAAAGGGGACCCCGGAGUCGAGCGAGGAGGACGAGGCAGCCGCCACUGCUGUCGGCUAAACCGCCACCUGCGCUAGGUAGGCGUCCUGCUUGCCGACUUUCAGUUCCUUUGGAGGGUGUUGGGUGUCGUCCUUUUUCAAAAGUGUUUUGGAGCUUUCUCUGCCCCCCCUUUCCCCCCACACCACCCCCAUGGCCACUUCUCUCUGGAUUUCA